GCUCAGGGGCCUCGAGCCGCGUUGAGGCGGUUGAACCGUUUUACUCCAUCGAGGCUGCCGCGAUGGGUAAGGCUGGCCAAGGAAAAGGGAAAGGCCAUAGGCAAUGGGGAUGAUCUCAACCAGGGUGGUCUUGCAACCGCCAUUCAGGACAUGGGCGUACUCCAUAUCGUGACGGUGGUGGUCGGCGUCGUGAUCGAGACCGCGAUCGCGAUGGGCGGAGGCGCCCCCCUUCGCCGAGCUCGUCGGAGCCGCCGCGCACGGACGUCAUGCUGGAGAAGAAGCGCCAGAAGCUCGAGGCCAUCGAUCCAGAGUGCGUUGCGAUACGUCGUGAGCAGAGGGAGCAUAAGGAGAUGCAGAGCUACCGCGAACAAGGGCAGGUGGUGGCUGCGGCGAUGACGAGCACCUUUGGGGCCCAUCUCCAGUCCCUGCAACUGGUUCAUCCAGGAGGCCCAGCUUCUCCUCCGCCUCCGCCGGCGGACGGGGCUGCAUCUGGCAGCGCGGCUGCUGGACACGCCGGGCGUGCACCUGAGCCAGCUGCCCAGGGCGCGAAGAAGACCCCCAGUCGCUCCGAGUUGGGGUGGUUCCGCACGAUUCUUGGGCCCAAACAUGUGCCAGAAUAUGGUUUCUCCGUGGGCGACCUGUCGAAGUUCGUGGUAUCGAAGAUGUCGGAUAAAACGCUGCGAGAAGAAGGAGAUCUCGAAGACCAAAGGUGCACGCGUGGAGAAGCUGUUUCAAGUCAUUCGAGGGAAUGUGCUCUGAUAUGCCUCAUGCGUCGACUCUGACACCGGUUCCGACUUUACUGACAUGCCCUGCCUAUCGUUGAGCCGGGUGCCAAGUUCAUUUCAGGUUCGUUAUCUCUUUCUUCUUCGCCAGGCUCUCCGGUGGGGGACGGCAGUAUGUCAGAUGCGCUGCGGGGGCAGGUUACUACGUCGUGGUACAUUUUGAUCGCGGUAUUCUUAGCAGUGGGAUUCCUCACAAUGUUGUUCAUUGACGGGCAAGGCGAUAAGAACCGCUAUCUUGCUGUGCUUCGUUCCUACAGCGUUCUGAGUUCCAAUCAUGUUUGGGAGGCGUCAAGACUUCAAUCUAUGGCGCGCUACGGUCCAUUCGAUAUCCGGAUCUUCAAUCCGCAAGAAGUGAGGCGCGUCACAGCUUCGUUUUUCCAGCUUGGUCGCUCGGCAGGCACGAUGGUGUUGGCACGCUGAGGCCCCCAGUUGUGAGACAGGAGCUUACGCCGACCCGCCGGCCACGCUUCUGUUGAUUCUGGGUGGGCCUCUCUCUCCGUACCCCCUCAGAUUCCCGUACCCUUUGACAUUCCCGCGCCCCUUUGCCCUUCC